AAUUAUCAAGAGAAGAAUUUGUAGAAGUUCCUUAUGAAGAAGCUUUAAACAGACGUCUUGCUCAAAUAGUAGGAACAUUUACCGAUGCAUUAAUACUUGUCAAGGAUAACAUUGAAACAGCUCAACAAGUACAAGAGGAAC